CUCUCUCACACACACACACACACACACACACUCUCUCUCUCUCUGCAAUUCUUGUUUCUUGCUCAGCAGUGACCACCACAAUGUCAUCCCAAUCCCCUGGAACAACCAAUCAAAUCCUUCUCUUUCUUCUCCCAUGUCUUGGAGUUCAAAGAUAGAGAGAUAAGAAGAAGAAGAAGAAGAAGAAGAAAAAGGUGAGGCCUUUAAUGGAGGGAAGAAAGGAGAGGCCAAGGCCAUGGCCAGGGCCACCACCACCACCAAAGCAACAAGAAAAAAGGAUCCCUGUUGUGUACUAUCUCUCUAAGAAUCACCAUCUUGAGCAUCCUCACUACAUUGAAGUCCCAAUCUCAUCCUCUGAAGGGCUCUACCUCAAAGAUGUGAUUCAUAGACUUGUUCUCUUGAGAGGAAAAAGCAUGCCAUCAAUGUAUUCUUGGUCUUGCAAGAGGAGCUAUAAGAAUGGGUUUGUUUGGCAUGACCUCUCGGAGGAUGACUUGAUUUUCCCUACAAAUGGCAAGGAUUAUGUUCUCAAGGGUUCUGAAAUCUUGGAUAGAACUCCUUCAGAACACAAUGGGGAUAAACUGAAAUUAGAUAUCCCGAAACAAUAUCAACAAGAUUCUCAUGCUUUUACUAGAACACAAGAACCUUUAUCUUCAUCAUCAUCCUCGCCAUCCACUGUGAAUGCUUCAACUCAAACUGAUGACAAUGGAGAAAGAAGAAAGCCGAAUGGGCGAAGACGAUCAGAAGAGAUGCUUCGGCUGCCUUUGGCAUCGAGUCCAUCCUCAUGUGUGAUGACUGAUACUACAUUGGAGUCACUCAUUAAAGCUGAUGCAAGGAAGGUGAGCAACUUUAGGAUACUCGAAGAGGAGCAAGUGUUUGUCCCGGUGAAGGCGAAGUCAAAAGCCGCUAACUUGCUAGUGCAACUAAUCUCUUGUGGAGCAAUCUCUGCGAAAGGCCACCAAAGUUUUCCAAAGCCGAAGUUUUCUCCUAAGAAUUUUCACUCACCAAUGUCUACUGGUUCCACGGGGAUGAUCAGGGAGUUUGACUCUCCAUUGGACAAUAGUUGGAGUUUCAGAGGAUUGAGGAUGAAUGAGAAGGAUUACUUCAGUGGGAGCUUGUUAGAAAGCACAAUCAACAAGGAGGGAAUCGGCGAAGGAAUACCAGUCAUUCUUCGUUCUUCAUCCUGUAAAGAAAACAGGUGCUGCAACUCGCCACAACCGAAAGAAGAGGAGUAUAAGCACUUUGAUUCACCUGGUUCAAAGUGCUUUCCUCGAACACGGAGAGUUACUACUCUUAAGUCAUGCAGGAAUGAAGCAUUCAUCUCACCGUCUUCUGGCUGUGGGCAAUCCAGAGUUCUUGGUUCAUCGCAUUAUGGAAAUAAUAGGAUCACUGAUUCUUCAUCUGUGAGAGGAUCAGUGAUUCGUUUAGGGUCUUUCCGAGAAGAUGAAAGCGAUCAAGAAUGAGAUUAUGUAAGUCAUAUUGUUUGUUCAUCGUGCUUUCUAUGCAUUCUCUCUGAUUUCGUACCUUUAGACUUGUUGAAGAACUUGCAUUGCUAUUUGAACUGUUUCUAUUAGUGAUAUGCAUUGUCUUAUUUCUCAGA